CGUCGCUUGUUGACGUCGUCAUCAGGCGGCGCACAAAGUGCGGGGACAGCAACACGUUUUCCAGUCCAUUUUAAUGCCGCUCGCUCGUCCGCUUCUCUCCCGUCUGACAGCAUAAGAUGUCGUCACUGCUCAAAGUGGAUAAUGAAAUUAAGACAAAGGUUGAUGCAUUUAGAGAGCGUAUCACUGCAGAGGCCGAGGACCUAGUUGCUAAUUUUUUCCCAAAGAAGUUAUUGGAACUCGACCUCUUCCUCAAGGACCCCAUCAUCAACAUAGUGGAGAUGAAGGACAUCCAUUCAGAGAUCAACCUGACGGUGCCUGACCCCAUCCUGCUGUCAAACCUCCAUGACGGGAUUGAUGGACAAAACUCCAAAAAGAGGAAGCUGGAGGAGGAAGAUGCGGUGGACAAGGUGACUGGCACCAAGGUGUUUGUCAUGCCGGGAGGGAUGAUGAAGAGCAACAGCAACCUGGCUGUUCUAAUAGAAAAGGUCAAGCCGGAGAUCCGGACGCUCUUAGAGAAAUGUAACACAGUGAAAAUGUGGGUGCAGCUGCUGAUUCCCAGGAUAGAGGACGGCAACAACUUUGGUGUGUCCAUCCAGGAGGAGACUGUUGCUGAACUCCGAACAGUGGAAGGGGAGGCGUCUUGUUACCUGGACCAGAUAACCAGAUAUUACAUCACUCGGGCAAAGCUGGUUUCUAAAAUAGGAAAGUACCCGCAUGUGGAGGACUAUCGGCGCACGGUGACGGAGAUCGACGAGAAGGAAUACAUCAGCCUGAAGAUCAUCGUGUCAGAGCUCAGAAAUCAAUACGUGGCGCUACAUGACAUGAUCCUGAAGAACAUCGAGAAGAUCAAGAGGCCUCGCAGCAGUAACGUCGAAGCCUUGUACUGAUCGCCAACGCCAUGCCAAUCUCCUGUGGCCCCGCCCCCUUAGAGGCUCCCUCAUUUCAGUACAAUCAACCAAACACGGACACCACUCUUGGGUUUUUUAUUUUCGUCUUUUAAACAUUUCUUUGGGAGGAGUCUUUUUUUAAUUAAAGUUAUGUACGCACAUGUUGGUGGAAUUGUUUCAUUUAUAGCUCUUCUAUUUAGUUCUGUAUCUGAAGGCUCCACAUCAAAUGUUUUAUGUCGUAUCGUCUGCUUGUAGCUCCAAAUAAAUUACCUGCGUGUCACAAAAUAUUGAUUCUAUUGAAUAAACAUUUUUGUAAGAAA